ACUUCUUCAGCAAAAUGGGAAAAAGCCAGGAAGUGAAGAAGCCUCACAAAUCAGGUGUACAGGGGCCAAAUAGGCCAGGUCCAAGUCAAGAGAGCAAGAAGCAAUUCAAGCAUGAAUUGUCAAAACCAAGGCCAAGGAUGAAGGAUGUGGCUGACCCGUUCAUGAGACAUUACUACAGGAUGCUCAAGAAGGACAAAACCCUGCAGAAGGAACAAACAAAAGUGCUCCUUGAUUCUGAAGAAGAGGAGGAAGAAGCAGAAGAGGACAAACCUAUAGAGAGCAAGAAGCAGAUGAAGCUGACUGCAUUCCAAAAAGCAAAGCAGAUGUAUCAAUUAAAGCAGAAGGAGAAAGAGGAGGGGCUGAAGAGACGAGAAGAAGCACGACAGCGAAGAGAAGAAGCACGAAAGAAGUACGUGGAGAGGAAGAAAGCCAAGAUGAAAGUGUUGAGACAGAAGACGAAAAAGGGACAGCCGAUCAUGAAGGGACGCAUUGAGCUCCUCCUGGAAAAGAUCCAGAGGGACACUGGUUACAAAUCCUGACACCGUUGUCCAGUUCUUUACUGAUGCCUUUUGAGUCUGGAGCUGUGAGAUCUCAUGUUGAAUUCAAGUUUUAUCCUGCAUCUUGUUCUGGUUCAUGACAUUGUGUGCUGGGUGUCUUCCUUUUGGUGCAAAAAAUGCUGGAAAAGUGAUUAAAAUUGUUGUCAAGUUUA